AUGGCGCGCACGAAAUGCACCCCCCGGGAUAUCGGAGGAGUAUAUAAAGCAUACCGCUCGGGUCCAGCCAACAUACCGGUCUACGUCUUUCCCGGCGGGACGCGUAACUGGUCGACCGUCGCGCCGACGAUGAGAAGCUUGGCGCGGACGAAGGUGAUUUACGUCACGCGCGACGAGUUGUCGGGGCUCAAACGCAAACCGACUUCGAUGAGCGCUCUUUACGGUUACGAACGUCGCGUGCGCGAUAUCGAAGCCGGCGACCUGUCCGCGACGGAUGGCACGCGCGUCCUCCAGGGCGUCCCAACACUUCCGGUGAACUUCACUGAGGCGCAGCUGAGGGAAUACCAGAACGCAUGCGCGAACCUGAAAUCUUCCCCGGACUACGAGAGCUUCCGCGCGGCGCUGAUCACCGGUGAGAUCAACGCGAAGAAGGCGUUGGGUUUCAUGCACCUCGCCGCCGACGCGAAGAGCACCGAAGUUGAGAAGGAUGCGUAUUUAACAGUAGCGCGGUUCAUCGCCACGGCCAAGCACCGUAUGCGAGACUCCAAAGAUUUCACCGGGGAGCUGCCGGACGUCCCAGAGGAGACGCGCCGUCACGUCAUGAAGCUCAUCGGCGAGUGCGGCUUCACGGGCAGCCUCAGGAGCGCCUUCGAGUUGGAUUUCGUCCGCACGAAGCUUCGCGUCGUCGGCGCGAAGGGACAAAACAUGUUUAUAAACGUGCUGCGCAGAGAGGGUAGGACAGAUGCAGUGUUCUGUCCAGGCUACGCCACCACAAAGGCCUUCGCCGAGCUCGUCGGUUUGGACAAGAAGGCUCGCGACUAUGCGAAACGGAAAGGCAAAGAAUGUCGCGACCGCUUUCACCCGCCGACGGAGGCUGAUAGAUAUCGUCCGUGGACUUGCCGUCCAAGGAUCCAGCACCAUCGCGAGCUCGUCCCGUACGUAGCGGAGCUGAUUCACGGGUACUACGUCGUUUACCUGACGGAUAUCGACACACAGUGGCAUGGCGACGUCGGGGAGGAUGAGGUGAUGUGGGCGGCGACCGAGGUGAAGGGGAAGAAAAGGGGACGAGAGUGA